AUGCCUUCGAAAAAGCGCAACAAAGUGGACGAUGUUCGGACGGUGGACUUAAAGGCGUCGCAGACGACGCUGAGAAAACGAGCGUGGUUUGUAAAUAAGUCAGAGCUUUCAUCCAGGCUGAAAAAGGGGCCUAUGUUGAAGCUCAUAGUGUUGUUUGUGACGCCAGUUGUUAUUUUGUUCUCUGUGAUAAGUGUAGGAAUACAUGAUCACGCGCAUAAGAGCAAGUCAAUUGCCACCGAUGAAGACGUCCUGAUUUCAAGCACACAUUUGUACGAUGUGAUAACGUAUAUUGAGGCAGAGCGCUGCAGCUUGGUUAACUCGUUUAUCGUUAACAGAACUGUAUCGAACUCGCGUGUCCCUCCACCAUAUACGUGCUGCAAUAAGUCAUUGGCUAAAUUCCCUUGGUCAAGCAGGUCAUUGAUAAUAAAUAACAAUACAUUUGAAUCAGGGGAAGAUGUGGUUCGCUUUUAUGAAAAUACAAUAAUAACCGACUACACUGGCCUGUUUGAGACAGUGGUUAAGUACCAAGACGACAUCGCUUACCUGACUACGCAAAUCUUAUUAGCCAUACAAACCAUCGAUGAAGGCGAUAUCUGGCAGAACUUGAUGUCUUAUUUAAUGUUGAUAAAAACUCAAGAAAAUAUAGAGGUUGAGAGAAUGGUUGGGCAGCUUUAUUUUUUUAAUUUCACAUUCCCAACAUACGAGUAUUUCCUGAUGUAUUGCCGAGCCGUUAGUGUUGGGAGCAUGACCAUUAACGCCGCUAUGGCGUAUUCGCCUGAUGUUAAGGACACGUUCACGGAGAAUGUUGCUGUUCUGAGCUCGGAUUCCCAGUAUUCCAUAGAAACCACACGUAGAAACCUGAGAAUGGACUACCUAGACGGCGACAACGAGACAACAGUAGGGCAAUGGAGGGAGUAUGUGGAUAACUUGUAUACACUAUCUCUUGCGGUAACUGAUUCAGUACAUCGAAUCGAGAAUUUGAGCAUCGCCGACUUGGACAGCAUGAGCACAUCGACGAAAAUGAACCUGUUCUUGGACGUGCUUGCUUUGUUAGUAAGCGCUAUUGUAGCCCCCGUUACACUAGGAAUCAUCCUUAAUAUCACUAAGCAACUACGGGAAUCAGUUGAAAAAAUUGCAGGACAAACCUCCAUGUUAAACACCGAGAAAAGAAAAGCAGACGGGCUGUUAACUCAGAUGUUACCGGCGAAAGUGGCCGAAGACCUCAAGAACAAUAAGCACAACAAGGCGGAAACAUUCGAGGAGGUAACCGUGUUCUUUUCUGAUGUAGUAGACUUCAUGAAAUAUGUAACCAUGAUGAACCCAGUGAAUGUUAUACGUAUGUUGAAUAGUCUAUAUUCAUGUUUUGAUGCUCGAAUUAAGCUAUAUGAUGUUUACAAAGUGGAGACAAUCGGCGAAGUCUACAUGUGUGUAUCAGGUUUGCCUAACCGGAAUGGAAAUCGACACGCCGGUGAGGUCGCUAUGAUGGCACUGCAUAUGCAACGCAGUAUGGGAGAAAUAAAGGUACCCGGAUAUGACAAUCUGAAGCUAGAACUAAGAUGCGGACUUAAUUCCGGUAAGGCGUUUGACGUCAUUCAGUCGUCAAAUAAGUGGAAUUCAGUUACGGGAGCAUAUAUGUCACCUAAUCAGCCAGAAAUGUGA